GGCAUUUCGGUAGUGACGAAGUGGUUUCUUCUUCUGUUAUCCUUUCUUUGCAUACUCCACUAUGGCAGACCCUGCGACACAAUUGAUGAAUUCUGGAGAUACAGCCUGGGUUAUGAUGUGCACAGUACUUGUUUUCAUCAUGUGCCCGGGACUUGGUUUUUUCUAUGCUGGUUUAGCUAGAGCAAAAAAUGCCUUGUCACUUAUGUAUCUCACCGUGCUAGCAGUCGCAGUUGUCUCCUUCCAGUGGUACUUGAUUGGAUAUUCACUCACGUUUUCUGAAACGGGAGGACCGUUUAUUGGCGACACAGCCCACUUCUUAUUGAGAGGCGUUGGAAUAGCACCGCAUGUUACCGCCCAAACUAUACCAGCUGGCUGCUUCAUGAUCUUUCAAAUGAUGUUUGCCUGCCUUACUCCUGCCCUUGCCUUCGGCUCCGCUGCUGAACGUAUGUCGCUUGGACCUGCAAUCGUUUUCCUCUUCGUAUGGUCAACUUUGGUAUAUGAUGUGAUCACAUAUUGGGUGUGGGCUGGCAAUGGAUGGCUUGCAACCCUCGGCGUUAUGGACUUUGCUGGUGGCACCCCUGUACAUAUUUCUUCUGGUUUAGCGGCUGUAGCGUAUGCUAUGGUGGUCGGCAAACGACGAGACUACGACGAAAACGCUAAUACGCCUCACAAUGUAUCGUUUGUUUUCUUGGGACUCGCCAUGAUGUGGUUUGGAUGGUUCGGCUUUAACGCAGGCAGCGCUUUGGCAGCAAACGCACGCUCAGUUCAAUCACUCAUCGGAACACAUUUGUCAGGAUGUGUAGCGGCCAUUGUUUGGGUAUUAAUGGACUAUCGCCUUACCAAAAAGUGGAGUAUGAUCGGUUUAUGUACUGGAGCUGUAGCUGGACUCGCGACUAUUACACCAGGUUCUGGAUUUGUAUCAAGCAGUAGCGCCUUGGCUUUUGGUGCUAUUGGAGCCAUCGUCUGUAAUUUGGCUGUUCAGUAUAAGCACAAAUACCACUUUGAUGAUGCAUUGGACGUAUUUGCUGUACAUUAUAUUGGAGGACUUGUCGGCCUCGUUUUGACCGGUAUCUUUGCUCAGCAAAAAGUCAUCGCUCUCUCUUAUAACGAAGGGGACACUGUUCCUCUUGGUGGCUGGUUGGAUGGAAAUUUCAUCCAAGUCCCUAUUCAGUUGGCUGCAAUCGUAACGGUCUCUGUUUGGUCAUUUGUGGUUACUUACAUCAUCCUCGUCGUUAUCAACAAAAUCCCAUUCCUUCGAUUGCGAUUGAAUGACGAAGCUGAGAUGAUGGGAGUCGAUUGGUCUGAAAUGGGUGAACGAGCAUAUGCCUAUUUACCUAUGACCGAAAGCGGUGAAUUUAUCACGCCCAAUGGUAAUAGUACCAGUGCAGACGUUGCCCAGGGAGUUGUUGUGAAGCGUGUUCCCGACAUCAUUGAACAGCCAGCAGAAGCAGGCGGUGAUCUUGGAGGUAUCAAACUACAAGACAUGGAUCUGGCUAGUACGCCCAGUUACUUCCAAUUGGAAGGAAACCGUAAUAAUGACCGAUCAGCUUCACCUUCUCCUACCAUAAGAACCGACUCAACUCGAAAGGGUUCCAGUGGGAUCAACGAUGGCGCCUCAUCGUCAACUUAUUCAAGUAGAAAGCAACAAAAAGCACGAGCCAUAGACUAAGCUUCCAUUAUCUGCAACUUGUAAUCAACACGACAAAGAAGAUCCCAAUCACUAGACUCCAUCACAUGUGUAUCUAGUACCAUAUCACCCUGUAGCUUAUCCCCUCUUAUUUUUUUUUGUCACCCAUCGUUCGUCCCACAUGCAUUCACAUUUCUUGACUUUUUGUAAAUUGGUAAAAUCAGCUUUUUUUUUUCUCUCGCAUUUGAUACAAUACAUUCCUUUUCGACAGUUUCAUCCAAUGAUUUACAAAUUGUAUUUAAGAAAACGGACCUGCCAUGCUUUUAAAUUCAAAAUGCCAUUAUCAAC